UAGGAGGUGGGGGUGGCUGGGAGGAGUGAGCCCAUGAGCCAACGCUGAGGCUUCGUUAGCAGUGGCAGCAGCUGUGUUUACAGUUCCUUCGCGCGCUGCCCCGCGCACCGAGAUGUCAGCAGCUCCUGUCGUUCGACGGCGGCGCGUGGAGACACCGCACGCACGGCCAACGACGCGGCGGGCGCUGCGCGGACUGUCUUUCGAUUGAGCGGCUCGCGCGAGCGGGGGCCCCGUGCGUCGGAGAUGUCAUGAGUGCUUCUGCCGUCCUCCCGCUGCCGUGACGAUUGAGCCUGCCCUGAGGUGAAGUGCCGCACGCCGCCGCCGCCACCGUCGGCGUGGUAGCGUCAAUCCCCACGCGCGACGCUCGAACGCGUUGUGCAAGCUGUCAGGUGCGUGACCGCGAAGCGAUGUAACGUGGCGUCCUGGGUGAGCCUGCAGCUGCUGUAGCUGAUGCCAAUGCUACUGGUGCUGCUGCCAUCGCCACAGUGGAGAGGGGAGGGAGACUGCUGUAUGAGGAAAAAGGGCCUCGAGACGUUGGGCGAUGAAGGCAGCGUAAACAAUUGAUUUUGUUUACCGUCACGAGGACGCGAUGAUGGACCCGCACGACUCCCCAGUGCCGGGUCGCAGGGGCGAGUUUCAGAGGAGGACCGUGUGCCGCAUCUCCGUGACUCUGGUCAGAAAAGAGCCGCUGGCGCUCAAGGAGGACGGCUCGGUGCCCGCCGGCGAGUUUGCCCCAGCGGCCAAAGGUCGUGACGUUGCGAGCGCCCUUAACGGAGAUUGCGCCGGCCGAGAAGGGGCGCGUGCCGGCAGCUACGAGAGCCUGACUCGGAGUGGCCUGGCCAUGGGACGCCGAGGAGCCAGCGGGAAAGCGUACGGCGAUGGGCGGUUCGACACCAAGGUCCUCCCGUCCAACGCGGCCCUCCAGCGCGCGCCGGCGGACAAUUUCAAACGUGGAGUGAUGCUCGCCGAGAUGGAGGUGCACAAUAGGCCCUCCAAGGGCAAUGACCCUGCCAGUCUGGACGGCGCUGCUGGAUCACCGGUAGGGAGUGCUGCUGGUGCUGCCCCCGGGAAGAGCGGCAGGGACGGCGCCGAUGCUCAGCCGUGGCGCCCGGCGAUGGCGCCAGAGCAGAGGAAGCGCGCUCACACCGUCAGCUGCAUCACGGGCCGCGUGGACGUGCCACCGCCCAGCCCGAGGGCCCUGCAUCAGACAGUGUGGCGCCGAAACCCGGAGCUCGUGUUCCUGCUCGGCGAGAGGGCCCGCAGGAGCGCGCGGCUGCUGCAGGAAGAGCGGGCCAACCGCUGCCUCCCUCCUGGUCGGGAUGGGUUGGAACCGGGGCUGGGGGAGCAGGGCUUCCUGUCCACGUCUGAUGCCACUGGUCAUUGCCCACCCGCCUGGCAUGAACCUCAUGAAAAAGAGAAACAUUUUCAGAAAAAAAAUGAUUUACCUGUGGAUUCUACUUCGUCCUCCCCAGCACAUGCAUUUCUCAAAGUGGAACAGAAGCCACAUAUGGAGGCUGUUAAACCGGCCACCCAUGAAGGUGAUGCAAAUCAAUCGGUAACGUUCCAGCCAGAUGCUUGUAACCCCCGAGUAAAGCCGUGUAACAAAGCCACGUCGGAGGAGGACUAUGAAGGGAGCUCCAGUGCAUCCACUCGCUCAGGACGCCUGUGCGUGGAGGCCGAGCGGCAGACAACUCCACAGGUGCACAGCGGCGGUGUGGGCAAUGUCAUCGAUGCCAGCGCAGGGGACCAAGUCCAGAACAGUGAGGCAGAGAUGGUGGUGGCACAUCACAGGGCUCGAUCGCACAGCUGCGCAAUGGCGACUGCCGCUGAGGCCCUCGCUCGUAGGAGAUUCCAGCCGGAGCUGACGGACGUGCCGGAAGUGGCAGCGAGCAGACAAGCUCGCCCGGCCCUGCGGAAGAGAAGCCUGAGCCUUGGCCAAAAAUUCCGAGAGCUGUCGCUCGGGAGGAAACUCUCGAGCAUACGCGGCCGAGGGGGCGGCCCGUCGACGGACGAUGAAAAAGAGAGCGGUGCUCCGGGUGGCGGUGGCAGAAACCUGUCGAUCGAGCCAAAGGAUGGGGAGAUGAACGGUGAGCGCGGUGGGCGCGUGGUCCGGAGUCCGCGCAGAGAUAAACCGGUGGCGGAGGAGAGCCGGGUGAAGAGGCUGCUGAGCGGCGCGUUCAUCAAGAAGAGGGACGUGGUCUCCGCAUCCCCAUCGCGAGGGGUCCUCGCCGGCAGCUGGGAGCUGCUGCCCGGGGCCCCGCAAGGCGGCGCUCACGCCAGCGACGACUCGUUCGUAAACAGCCAGGAGUGGACCCUGUGCCGUGGCGUGCCGGAGUUGCAUGUGGGGAUUGUGGGAAACCUUGGCUGUGGCAAGUCAGCGCUGGUGCAUCGCUUUCUGACAGGCGCGUACGUGCGGGAGGAGUCUCCGGAAGGGGGACGCUUCAAGAAGGAGAUGGUGGCAGAUGGCCAAAGCCUCCUGCUCUUAAUCCGGGACGAGGGCGCACCGCCGACAGAGCAGUUUGCGUCCUGGCUGGACGGCGUGAUGCUGGUGUUCGCGCUGUCCGACGAGACGAGCUUCCAGAGCGUGGCGCGCUACCACCAGCAGCUGUCGUCGCUCUGCAGCCUCUCGGAGCUGCCCACGCUGCUCGUGGGGACACAGGACGCGAUUGGGCCGGGCAGCCCACGCACCGUCGAGGAUGCCCGCGCGAGGAGGCUGUGCUCCGAGCUGCGCAUUGGCACCUACUACGAGACGUGCGCCACCUAUGGCCUCAACGUGGAGCGCGUCUUCCAGGAAGUGGCCCAGAGGAUCGUGGCCACGCGGAAGAAGCAGCAGCUGUCCAUCGGACUGUGCAAGCCUAUGGUGACGUCACCCUCCGCGCCUGUCGUUCCGUCGUCCCCCAUGGGGCCCCUGUCCCCGCACCCUGCGCAGCCGUCUGCGCUGCACGGAGGCCUUUACUCACAGACGCACGUGGCGGCGGCGGCAACAGCCGCGGUCAUUCCUGCGCUGUCGUCAUCGUCUGCUUCCACGCCGGCCAGCACUGAACGGGAAAUGCGGAUUGACGGCGCCAUCACCCCCACGUCGUCGCGCAAGCAGCCGCGGCGUCGAUCCAUCUUCACGUCCCGGAAGGUGAACCUGGAUGGCGAAAGGAGGAAUGACGUCGGGAAAACGGACAUCAUUGGGAGCGGCAGGGAGAUUCCCAUUAAACAGGGUUUCCUGAUGAAGAGGAGCAGCAGUUCUCUCAAUAAGGAGUGGAAGAAAAAAUAUGUGACACUCUGCGACAGUGGCACCCUCACCUACCACCCCAGCCUGCAGGACUACAUGCAGAACGUGCACGGCAAGGCCAUCGACCUCCUGCGGACGACGGUGAAGGUUCCGGGCAAGCGGCCGCCCCGCGCUUCCUCCUCCAGCAUGAGCAGCCUGGGGGGCGUCGGCGGCGGCGUCGGCGGCGGCGGCGGCGUCGUCUCCUCGCCGUUCGCGCAGCAGUCGGCGCAGGCCGGCGCGCACGCUUGGCACGCCGCCCGCCCUCACACCGCCUCCGGUGCGCAGCCCAACGGCGCGCCGGGGGGCGCGCGGGCGCCCCCCGGCGCGCCCGCGCCGCUGUCCUCCAACGCCUUUUCCGCGUGCCCCUCGUCCCUGCCGUCGACGUCCAUCCUGCAGCAGCUGCUGGGCUCGAGCGCGGGCCACCGCGUGUCGCCCGCCGGCGUGCAGGCCGCGUUCGGGGCCUGCUCGUCGACGCCCUCGUCGCCCGUGUCGAUCGGCGCGGCGGGAGCCCCCGCGCCGCCCUCCUGCUACUUCCCGGCGCCGUGCCAGCCAGGCGGAGGCGGCAGCAACGGCGUGCACUCGCGUAGCGCCAGCAGCAACUCGUGCUGCGCGAGCGGCGGCGCUGGCUUCGGCGCCGCGGACCUCGGCCGGGAGCUUGGCGGCGUGCACAUCUCUGGCAAUGGAGGAGUGCCGUCUGAGCGCUCUGCCAGCACCACCAGCCUCGCCAUGCACCAGCGCUCUGCUUCGCUCUGCAGCUCCGAGCACUGGAUUGACGGCGGCGCCUUCGACGACAGCGCUGUGGACUCGUCACACUUCAGCCCGGGCUCCCCGACGGGCCGGCGCGACGUUCCCCCGUCGCCGCACGCCGCCCGCAGGAAGGGUCGCUGGAACAAGACGGUGCGGAACGGCCGUCCGGAAGGCAGCACCAACAGCGAAGAUCCAGAGGAGACGUUUGAGUUUGUGCUGGUGUCGCUGUCGGGACAAACUUGGCACUUUGAGGCCCCCAGCUGGGAGGAGCGAGACGCCUGGGUUCAGGCCAUCGAAGGCCGCAUCCUCGCCAGCCUGCAGUCCUGUGACAGCCGCAAGACGAAGACGCGGCUGGGGAGCCAAGGCAGUGCGGUGGCAGCGCAGAACAUCCGCGACGUGCAAGGGAACGACGUCUGCAUCGACUGCGGUGCCCCCAACCCCGACUGGGCGAGCCUCAACCUGGGCGCCCUCAUCUGCAUCGAAUGCUCGGGCAUCCACCGCAACCUGGGCUCGCACGUAUCGCGCGUUCGCUCGCUCGACCUGGACGAGUGGCCCGACGAGCUGGCGCAGGUCAUGGUGUCGGUGGGGAACGCCAUGUCGCGCGGCGUGUGGGAGGGCUCCCUCGCCGGACAUGCCAAGCCAGGCCCGCGCAGCUCACGGGAGGAGAAGGAGCGCUGGAUCCGGGCCAAGUAUGAGCAGCGCCUCUUCCUGGCGCCCAUCCCCUAUGCGGACGCCUCGCUGGGCCAGACGCUGUGCCGCGCCGUCCGCGCCGGCGACCUGCGCUUCGUCGUGCUGUUGCUAGCGCACGGCACGCGCAGCGACGUCAACGAGCCCGAGGAGGACGGCGAUGAUGACGACGACAACGACGACGAGGGAGGUGGGGGCACCGCCGGCAGCGUCCGUCGUCGUGGUGGUGACAGCAUGGCCUGCACUGCGCUUCACCUCUCCUGCGCUCUGCCCGACGUCGUCAUCACGCAGCUCCUCGUCUGGUACGGAGCCGACGUCCUCGCCCGCGACGCGCUUGGCCGCACGCCGAUGACGUACGCGCGCCAGGCCCGGUGCCAGGAGUGCGCCGACGUGCUCGCGCAGCACGGCUCCCCCACCGACCACGAGCCGGGCCGCUACCCGCCGCCCAGGUUGGCCCUCUCGCCGCCACGGGGGGCGGGCGGCGCGUUCCUCGCCAACCACGCCAAGCAGCCGAGCGGCGGACCCGGCUCCCGGCAGGGGUUCGCCGCACCCAGGCUGGGCAACGGAUGAGUUUGCCACCCCGCCCCCUACACCCGCCCCACUCGCCCCACCCGCCCCGCCUGCCCCCUUCUUCCCAGAGACGUCGGACUCGACGCCGGCGGCCCCCGCUGACGAACCAACGGGACUUGCGAUUGAGCCGUGCUGCGCAGCUCCACGUAGCUGGGACAUUAGUAGGGAACCUUUGUAGUGAGUGAGCGUUCAACAGGAACGUUCUUCGGAAACUUUAGCGGUGAACGUUUUACGCUCGCAUGGGUGAGGGGUUUUUUUCUGCUAUUUUCACGCAGGCAGCUUGCUGUUGAGACCUUACCGUCAUUCGAACGGCAGUUUAAACUUGUUUUUCUUUUUCUGUUUUAAUCGGCCACCGGGAAAUGAUCGCAUGUGGCUUCUUGAAGAACGGUUUCCAUUCACACUGCAAAACUGAGAUUGAUCAAAGGGAUUGAUGGUAUUCAGCUUCGGUCUGUGUGGUGUAUCAUUACGGCCGGAAUGCAUUCACAGAGCCCGAACAUGUGCUCGCCCUCUCUCCCUCUCAUCUGCCAAAGUGAUCACAGAAGGCACAUAAGUAACGUGUGAAACAAUAUUAUUUAUUUAUUUAUAAUGCUUACGAGUUUUAAAAAAAAGAUGUACAUAUUGAAACCCAAUUAUACUUUCGGAUGAGCCGAUUAAACUUUUUUUUCGUCAAUAAAUUUUCACCACACGCAAAAGAAAGGGAGAAAGUUUAAAUUGGCGCUUGACGAGUGUGCGUUCUAAACGUUAAAAGAGAAACUCAACAUCAAGCACAAUGGCUAAUUGUGUUAAGAAGAAAUCUACGGUUGGCUUGAAAAUCGGCCCCGUGUCUGGGUCGCGUGUCUUUGAUGGCGCAGAUUCUCGUCGUCGUUAGACGAGGGCAAUAACCGGUCCGCGCACGUUGGACCAAACGAAACACCCGCUGCCUUAAUUCCACCACCUUUACAUAUCCACUGGAAGAUGAGGGAUUGUCGAGACUGAAGGGGAGCCAUCCAGCAAUAAGACUCAAACUUUUAUAGCGAUACAGAUCUGUAAUAAAGACCCUCCGUGAAGUGGCAAGCACAAUAUUUGAUCGUAAGCGCCUUGGUGUAUAUUUCUUUUGUUUGUAAUCGAUACUUAAGAGGUGGGGAGGCGGGGGGCGGGGCACGGCGGUGUAAAUGUGUUUGCUGCGUUUACAGUGAUGUACAAAGUACUCCUUGUACUUUUUGUUCAGCAUUAGCAUACACCUCUGUGAACGCCGCGUGCAGGCAUGACAGGGUAUAUUAUUCACUCUUUGUGAGCAAGGCAGAGGUUGUGCACUACGCGAGGCAGCCACAUGAAAGGGCAGGUUCGAGAAUCAAGUCGAACCCAACAAAGGAGAGAAAGCAACCUUUAGAUUUAGACAGCAGUCAGUCCGGGGUAAUUGGCAGCAGGCGGACACAGAGAAGAGAGAAGGAGCGAAUCUCCCAUUGAGCAGGGAAACUUUGAUGGAAAGUCAAGACAGAGGGAGAGAAGAGGGUGGAUCAGAAUUGAGAAUAUUUAUUCAUACUGGAGAAACCCGACGAGCUAUAACGCUCUUUUUCACAGGUGACCGGUAGGGCCGGGUUCAGAACGUCACAACAACAAUGCUGUGCGGGUAAUCGGACAGACUUCCCCUUUUAGGGUUUUCUUUUUUCUUUCGUGGGGCAGCUUUGGACCAGCAAAAGCGGUGGCUGCUUUAGCCUCGUAGGCACAAGUGGACAACAGCCAUAGCCACGCAAACUCGCGCGCGCCCCACCACACUCACAGCGUUCGCAUUUCACAGGAGGGGGGAGCCUUGGCGGGUUUCGUGACCGAAAUUUACCUGCUGGAAAAUUGUCCUUUAAAAUUCGACGGCGACGUGUGAUAAAUCACCAUCGCCGUUGGUCGUCAGCGGGGAUGGAUGGAUCAUCGUAUGCAGCAGUGCUCAUCGCAUCAUCAACAUCAUCUCCGGCAGUCAUCGUCAUCCUCCUCAGCUGCAGCAGAAGCAUCAGCUGUGGCAGCAGUCUCAUCAUCAGCUGCUGUAGCAAUCAUCAGCUGCUAUUAACGAUCACCAACUGCGUCAACAUUCAUCACCGUUCACCACCACCGUCGUCGUCAUCGUCGCCGUCAGCCGUCUCGAUAUUUAUUUUUGCGAAGCGCCUUUCUCACAUAAAAAAACACAUACGCAGUGUAAACGUGUUCGCGCACGCGUGUAAGUUUCAUACCUGUCAACCCAUACGGUUUACCCCGUAUUCUUGUACAGGGAAAUUGAGUUUUCAGGUCCAUAAGGCGAUACGGCCGUUUCAAUACGGGCAACAACAAAAAAAGCGUCUAUUUUUU